AUGCGGUUUGCACCGUAUGUCUAUGCCUGGGGGCAUAACAACCACGCCGCGUACAAGGUUUGCAACGUGGCCGAUGUUGAGAGAGUUGGGGUAAUGGAAAUCAUACUUGCCUUUUACGUUGACGGGAGGUACAACGAAAUCAUCAACUGGAAAGACGAUAUCAGGAGGUCGGCCGUACGUGUGCGAUUGGCAUUGGGCGGAGCGUGUGGCCGUAUUAUAUCGGACAAGCCAAUGCAGCGGCAGGUUGCUGAAUUGGUCCAUCUCAUUAGAGAGCUAGAUGUCGAUUGGAUUGACGUUGAUAUCGAGGGACAGGGGAAUGCAGACGCUGUCCUUGUUUGCCAACUCGUCUCUGGUGCCGUUGCUGAGACAGGCGUUCGGGUCUCACUAACGUUGCCGGUCGAGUGGACUGGGUUGGGUGCAGAGGCGGUGCAUGUGAUGGAGGUCUUUCACCAGGUGCCUGUCUCGAUGUAUAACUUGAUGGUGAUGGACUUCUACACUCCAUAUGAGGGAGCUUGGGGGGUCAAACAUAUCCAGAUCCUGAAGAGUGUCCAGCGGCAACUCGGUAUACCGUGGAGCAAACUCGGGGUGUGUCCAAUGAUUGGCCGGAACGACGAUGGUACAUACUUUACAUUAGACGACUGGGAUACCUUGCUUAAAUUUGCCAGGAGCGUUGACCUGGGGCUGGUUACCUUUUGGGCACUGAACAGAGACCAAGCCGGAACCGGCGGCAUUGACACACAUUCAUCACAGCCUCAUGAUUAUCAAUAUACAGAGAGGGCGUUAUUAUAUACACGUUAA